GCGACUCGGUUCAAAUGUUGGAUCGCUCUGCUCAUCUCUGCGGUUCUGUCUCUCUCCCUCUCUUUGUGUAAUUAUAGAUCACACAUCUGGCAUAUGAUGAUUGUAGGACACUAAUGACUUCACAGUAAAACAGAUUACAUGAGUAUAGAAGAAUAUUUUGAAGAAGAUGAAGAACCACCUUUACGGCUCAGCUCCUGUCUGUCUGAUCCUGCUGGAGUUAUGGGGGACGUUAUCGGCGCAGUGUCGGUGGGAGGAUGGGUGUGUGUGUCCGCUCUGUCCAGCCGGACAGGAGCCCACCACGGCUUGUGAGGAAGUUGAGGGUCCCGGUGAGACCGGAUUGUGCCGGACUUGCCCAGCAGGCACCUUCUCUGGUACCAAUGACACUGAACCGUGCCACCCACAUCUCUCCUGCAGGGCACUGAACCGCUGGAUGUCGACCGCACCGACCUCGCACUCUGACGCCGUGUGUGGAGGAUGCCUUCCCGGGUUUCACCCUGCUGCUAAAUGGAAGUCCUCCACCCUCCACGCCUGCAUCAGGAAGCCAUACAGCCGGCGGAGACGUAACGUUUCUAAGGGCACCCCCAACAGGUCUGGAGUGGCAAACGCCACCAGCGUUCAGGGUUCAGAGGAGAAGAGCACGGAGUACGCCGUGUUUGCACUGGUGCCCAUCUUCUGUGUGAUGGGCCUGCUGGGAAUUCUCAUCUGCAACCUGCUCAAGAAGAAGGGCUACCGCUGCAACCCGGAGAAAGACGGGGUGGACGCAGAAGCCGCCACUCCACAGAAAGAAGGAAACCCUUGUCCCUACAUUGUUGAUGACCCCAAUGAAGACACCAUCAGCAUUCUGGUGCGGCUCAUCACAGAGAAGAAAGAAAACGCGGCUGCUCUGGAAGAACUUCUGCAGGAAUAUGAGAAUAAACAGAUGGCCCUCAACAAGAGCUCAUCCAUCAAGUUUCCGGCUCUUCCUCAUUUCUCUCCGUUCCGGUCGUUGCCACGGCUGUGUUCUCAUCAGCAUCAUUUGCACACUAUAAACGGGCUUGCCCCACGCUCCGGCCUCUGCUGCUCCCGCUGCAGUCAGAAGAAGUGGCCCGAGCUGCUGCUGCCCAUCGAUACGCACAAGAGCCCCACUAACCCGGUCAAGACGCCGGAGGUCGCCAUCCUGUCUGUAGGGAGGUUUCAAGUUGCUCAGAUCCCAGAAGUGAAGUCAGCUUCCAAGGAAGUGACCCAGCCGGAACCGAGCGAUACAGACUCCAUUGACAGCGGCCACACGGAGCCUGCGGAAGAGCGUUCCCUGCUGGGCGUAUCCUCUUCCUGUAACUCCGCCUCCUCAAAGUCCAGACAGGAGAUGAACAUCUGAACGUCUGAGGAGGACGUCCAGGAGGGGACGGAUGACGUCAUCAGUAGGCGAGCGAUCGGGGCGGACGUGUGGCAGUGAUGUCAGUAUUCACCACCUCGAGGAGCCUUGAAUUCAAGACCUUAGGAAACAUUCGUAUUUAUUGCAUAAGUCGUAGAACUAUUUUAUUAAAAAACAAUAAGCUCUGUCUCUGCUAGCAGAUAAUAGGAGAGCAAAGGGCAUUUCCUCCGAAAGCAUGUGUGCUUCCACAAGACACUAAAGAGGUCUUCAGUGCGGAAAACAGCACUCGGAACAACGAGACACUCCAGUUCGAAAACAUUACAAAGUAUUAUGAGAAACUAGUUUGAUUUACAUCACUUUUCUUGCUUUUUUUUUUUCUACUGUAGUUCUGUUUUUUAGUAUUUAAGAUUUUAAAUGAAUUGCAUAUGUACAGUCAUGGUCAAAAGUUUUCAAACAUCUUGUUUUGUUAAUAAGAAAUAAAAGAAAACACAAAAACAUACAUUGUCAAUUUCAAAUGCAUAUAUAUUCUAUUGUUUAUAUAAAAAAUAGUAUUCUGUGGUUUUAACACGCAAUGGUACAGAAUUUACAAAAAUAUUUAUUCAAGAUGGUUUACACUCGUUCACCAACUAAAAUCUUUGCUAAUACAGUGAAUGUGCUUUUGAAUGUCACACUUUGGACUUCAAACCAAAACUUCAACAUAAAACGGUCUGAAACGGGAACAUACCUGACUAAUGUACAGCAGCCCUAAACCUUACAUGUGUGAUUGCAGAGUCCAGCAAUUUAUGACAAUUAUUCCAAACUUCUUUGUGUCAAAUGAUGGCUUGAAAAGUGUGCUGAAGUCUUUUUAUUCAAAUGAGCUUGAUAUUUUGCAACGGUUUGAUACUAAUGCAAUGACAUUCGGACAUUUUUAAGUGUGAUUAAAUACUUUUUGGGACCACUACGUUUCGCAUUUUUGCUUUGCAUUUUUAUUUCUUUAAGGAUUAAAAAAACAGGCGGCUAAUUGUUUCACAGUUUAAAAACUGCUGAUGUAAAUCGCACAGAAAUAGUAGCAAAAUCACUUAGAAAUGAGCAUUUUCAAGUGUUCACAAGCUUUUGACCAUGACAGUAGAAUUGUGAUAUUUCAUAUAUUAACAAACAAACUCUUUCACACCACAACCUUCAGCUCAUCAGCUUUAUUGAAAAAAAGAAACAAAGCAAUACACUGUAUUCAUUUAGAUCUCUAGGAGACGCUUUCUUAUCAAGGCAUCUUACAAUACAGCAUGCAAAUCUGAGGACAGACUGCUGAGAAAAUCAUGCUAGAACUAAACUAAAAAAAGGUUUAUUGUUCCUUCUGAAAGUAUUAUCAUCUCAAGAACAUUUGUAGAGCCUCAGACUAACUGCCUGCUUCUUUGCUACGUAACACUAAUGAAAUAUAUUUAGUAUUAGAACUAAACCUCGUGCAUUUCAGAUUGCUCGCUUUAUUGAGGCGGUAGGAUAUUAUUUCAUUGUGCUGUUCAGUCCAAACUGGACCUGGUUUCUCUCUCGGUUCUUUUCAAACAUUAGUCAUCAGUGAAGUGGGCACUGGACAUUAUUAAUGACAAAACACUGCGUUCAUGCGUCUGGAUGACGUUCACACUGCAGCUGAAUGUGGAUCAGAUUUGAAAAACAACACUCAGUCGGACAUUUUCAGUUCUGAUAUCAAUGGAAAUAUGUUAUGUAUCAGAUUUGUUUAUGUGUGAUUUCAGUGUGAACAGUGUGGUUAGAAUUGACCAGAUUUUUAAAUCAAACUUUACAUUCAUCCUUUUGCAGGAAUUUUAAAAUAAUUUAUGAACUUUUUGAAGUAUUAUACGCAAAAGUGCAAAAAUAUUUUUUUAAUAUAUUAAUCGAUGUUGUCAGCAGUGACAGAUAAAAAUAAAAAUGCAUAGAUUUAGGACCAGAAGAUUAAAGUUCAUAAUUUCAUUAAAACAUAUGAAACUCGCUGAUUUCCUCAAAAAAAAAAAACAGCAAAAA